GCGGUGAUUCGGUGGGGGGAGGGGCGGGAAGGGUCAGAGGCUGGGGCAAGUUUAUUUUAACGUUUUGAGCGUAAUAGUGGAUGGUUUGAAUGUUUAUUCUUUCCUCCCUUCUCUUAGUUACAGUUGAAGUAGGUGGUGUUGAGAAUCUGUAAGGGUCCCAGUGCAGGUUUCCAGUGGAGCCAUGGAGUUUGAAGAGUCGGGGAUCAGGGAGGAGUGUGGCGUGUUCGGCUGCGUUGCUACCGGCGAGUGGCCGACUCACUUGGAUGUCCCUCAUGUUAUCGCCCUGGGGCUGGUGGCACUGCAGCACAGAGGUCAGGAAAGUGCUGGAAUUGUGACAAGCAAUGGAGGUUCCCCACCAUUAUAUAUGACGCACAAGGGAAUGGGCCUCAUAAAUAGUACUUUCCGUGAAGAACAAAUACAAAAACUUCGCAAUGGGAGCCUGGGAAUAGGACACACACGAUAUUCCACAUCGGGUAUUUCUGAAUUGCAGAAUUGUCAGCCAUUUGUAGUGGAAACUCUUCAUGGGAAGAUCGCUGUCGCUCACAAUGGAGAAUUAAUUAAUGCAAAAAAGUUAAAAAUGAAGGUACUACGACAUGGAGUUGGCUUAUCAACUAGCUCUGACAGUGAGCUAAUCAUACAGCUUCUGGCUUUGACUCCACCAAAGGAGGAAGCUGAUACACCUGACUGGGUGGCCAGGAUUAGAAAUUUGAUGACUGCAACACCUACCUCUUAUUCAAUGCUGCUUAUGUACAAAGAUGUGAUUUAUGCUGUCCGUGAUCCUUAUGGGAAUCGUCCCCUGUGUCUUGGCUGCCUUGUCCCAGUUUCUAAACUGCACAGUUCAGGAGAACCAGUUACUGAAACAGAAACUGAAGGAUGGGUAGUUUCUUCUGAGUCGUGUAGUUUCCAAUCUAUUGGAGCCAGAUAUUUUCGUGAAAUAUUACCAGGAGAAAUUGUACAGAUCUCUAAGAAUGGUAUCCAGACACUUGACCUUGUACCAAGGGCUGGAGGAGAUCCACCUGCUUUCUGUAUCUUUGAGUAUGUUUAUUUUGCCAGACCUGACUCCAUAUUUGAAGGACAGAUGGUAUAUACAGUCAGGCAGCGUUGCGGGCGGCAGCUUGCCGUUGAGGCACCUGUCGAUGCAGACUUGGUCAGCACCGUUCCAGAAUCUGCAACUCCAGCAGCACUUGGUUAUGCACAAGAGGCAGGACUUCCUUAUGUAGAAGUACUCUGUAAAAACCGGUAUGUAGGGAGAACAUUCAUUGAACCAAAUACAAGAUUGCGGCAACUUGGAGUGGCACAAAAAUUUGGAGCCUUGAGUGAUAAUUUUGCUGGGAAGCGGAUUGUGCUGAUCGAUGAUUCGAUUGUGCGUGGAAAUACUAUUUCUCCAAUCAUUAAAGUCCUGAAGGAUGCAGGUGCCAAAGAGGUACACAUCCGUGUCGCUUCACCUCCAAUAAGAUUUCCUUGUUACAUGGGAAUUAACAUUCCAACAAAAGAAGAACUGAUUGCCAAUAAAUCAGAAUUUGAAGACCUUGCAGGCUAUAUAGGAGCAAAUAGUGUGGUUUAUCUCUCCGUUGAUGGAUUAGUAUCUGCUGUGCAAGAGGGGAUUAAGAGCCUGCGAACAAAUUCCAUCCUAAAUAAUACUGAAAAUGACAAAAAAUCUCCUAGACAAACGGGUCACUGCACAGCUUGUCUCACAGGAAAAUAUCCUGUGGAGCUUGAAUGGUGAAGUUACUUUGAUUUUAUAGUUCUGAGUGAUUCACCUGAGAUUUUUUUUUCAGAUUUGACUAUACCCUAUAAGGAUAUAAUGGUGCUCUGUUAUUUUCUGGUUAGCAUCCAUAAAUAAGUCUUUUCUCAUUUGUUUAUUGAUUGAGUCUCUAGGUGUUUCCAUGGAUGCCUGUAUUUUUUAUAAGUUGUGCCACUAUUAUAUACACUAUGAAUACAUAAAUCAACAUCGUCAAAUACAUUCUGUUUGCAUUCCAUGGUACAUUGCAACUAAGAAUGUGUUCCUCAAUUGUAGAGUUUCUUGAGGAACAUCAAAUGAAUUACUGUUGUUGGAAACCACUCUAACUGCAAAGAGCAAACACGUUUUCAACUGUUGUCAAAAUAUUUCCAAAUUAAUUGAAUGAAAGAUAAUUCACUUUCUGAUGCAAUAGUUUAAUGUGAAGGAGCUCAACUAUGCAGGAUGUGUUUUAUGAGAUCCGAUUCAUAAACUACAAGUGUGUUGUAGCCUUGAACAGAGUGUGUGUGUGUGUGUGUUUUUCCACCUUUCUAGGGUUUCACUUGAAUUUUGUCUUUAACCACCCUUAAACCUGGAGAAUUUUGCUGUGUGAAUUUUUGACACAUGGGUAGGCAUGGUGCUGUGUAAUGUAGCACUAGAAUAAAGGUUAUAUAAUGCAAUCAGCUGACAGGAAUUUACAGCCAAAUUAUCAUUUUUGUUUGAUAUGUACAUCAAUCCAUUGAGUUACAAUUGAAUGUUUACAGCACAUUUAGAGUUUUUUCAUCUAAACCUUGGACUGGUUGUCCUGGCUCAAUAUCUACUUAAAUUGACAAAGGUUUAAAAAUGGAAAAGCCAUCAAUUUUUAAAGAUCAGAAGUGUCCUUCUAACUUUACAGAUUAUCUGGUAGUAUAUUAGUUGUAUAUUUGUAUUCUAGAAUACCAAUUAAUGGAAUUAUGCACAGCACAUUGAGAAUGCAAUCCUGUCUCUGUCUAAGCAAAAAAAACUUUCAGGGGAUGUACCUAAAGGAGUCAUAUUGAUUCCAUUAAUUCCUUUCUGGACAUAAUCAAGUGUAAGAAAAAAACAAAAUUAACUUUUCCUCCUUCGUCACUGGGAACUUGUAUUAAGAUGAUUUAGUGUAAAAAUAAUUUGUAUUUCUGGAACUUCUACCAGUGCAUCAUUUGUUUUGAUACAUUGUAACUUAACUUUUCUUUUGGAACACUAACUAUAUUGUUACAGAAGAUGAAACUAGUAAACCUUCAAAUAACUUUUAACGAAACCAAUUCAAUUUUUUUUACCUUCUAGCCAUAACUUUGCAUGGCAAUACCCCCCAGUUAAGUAUUCUGUAGGUGUGACAUAUCCAUGUUGGAAAAUUGAAAUUGUUUCUUUGUCCUACAUAAAUAGAUGUCUAGCUCCCUAUCCAUUGCUUUUACAAUGGCGUCAGUUUGAUGUUUACAUUCCCUUUGCUUUGAAUGAGUUUGUAAUUGAAUAACUUCUGUUUGCGCACAUUUGUGACCUUUGGAUUCUGAGUAAUAAUCUUCUUCAGUUCCACUUGGGAAUUUUAAAUAAAAAACAUUAAGGUUCAGAUUUUGUGAUAAGUUGGCGAAAAGAUUGUACCUGCCACUGACAGCAAAUAAAGCUACCUACAAA